AUGGACGGGCCCAUUGCAUCAGCUGUAGUCCUUCCGGAUGACCCACUACAGCCAGCCUCGCCCCCUGUGAACGGCCACAAAAGACGCCAGGAAUCACUAUCAGAAGACACCGCAAAGCGACCACGACUCGACGAUGAUACUACAACUGGAGACAGACGUGACUCUAUUACCAAGGACUCCAAGGACCCCAAGCCCGCUCCAGUGCGACGCGAGAGGGGACGAGAGCGCAGAUUGUUUGGCGCCGCUUUGGGUGCACUCUCACAGAACACUACUACUACAGCGCAGAAACGUCGUGCCGAGAUCGAGAAGCGUCAACUAGCUCAGCGCAAACAGGACGACCAAGAGAGCGAACAGAGGAAGGCAGAGCGAACAGCCAGGCGCAAAGAGCAACGAUGGAAGGAGCAGAAGCACUUCGAGAAGCAAUCGAUGCGCAUCCGUCAUGAAAAUCUACUCGCCAUGGCGCACUUCCUCCAGACCAAGGCCGAGCCACACCUCUUUUACAAACCCUGGGAGACUAGUCCCGACGAAGAAGACCGUAUACGCGACCAAAUAACCGAAGCCAAAGAGACCAUCAAACGCGAGGUAGAGGAGUUCGAGGCACGACAGCAGCCGGAUAAUCUGCGGAGACGGGAUACUUCCGACGGAAGGAUUGGUGAUGCAGAGGGUUCAGAAACUGGUAAGAACCAUCAUGCAGAUGCACCUCAAGAAACAACCACAGCCAAUGGCGGGACUAAUGGUAGCGCCACUUCCCCCAAGGACCUGGACAUGAAAGAUCAUCAUUUCGAUACCGCUGAUGCCGAUGGGAAAGCCGAGCGCGCCACUGAGGAUAUGCAGACCAGCAGUGUUGCAACUCAUGGAACUGUCGCUGACCCAACCAUCAAGGAAGACGACGAUGAGAACGGAGAGGAUGUCGUCGAAGAAGCCGCCGAGGAUACUGUCAUCUAUUGA